AUGGCCGCAAUUUCUUCGCACAAUCCCUCUAUGGAGGUCGACAUGGCUCAGGAGCUUCAACAGGUUUUAUCUUUAGCAAAGGAAGCCGUUCGACUCGAAACUGAAGGCCUUCAUAAAGAUGCAGCGGUUUUAUGGCGAGACGCCGCCAGUAUUUUGGUGGCAUACGCCAACGCAAAUGUAGAUCUCGAUGAAGUGGGGAUUGUUACAAAGGUAAAAUCGUUAAUCGGUUGGUUAGUAUCACGAGCAAUAGAAAACAACAAUAUCAAGCAACUAGCGCCGAACUAUCUUUCCUUGAAGAGUUAUCAAGAUUACAUUGCGAAAGCUAUGGACGAAAUGUCACAGAGUGGCACAGAAUCAGACCAGUCAGAUUUUGCGAUUCGUGAACCCAACGAAAUUAAAGCGCCCAAUUUAUGGGAUUUGAGUGGCCAAGAGGACGUCCGUGAUCUUAUUGUCAGUUUAUUUGCCGCUAAUAACACCUUCAAUGUAAUGAUGUUUGGACCUCCGGGUACUGGAAAAACCUUCAUGGCUGCAUCGAUAGCGAAAUCGUAUAAUCUACUUUUUAUUGAAGUAAACAGUGCAAAUCUAAUGUCGGCCUAUGUAGGCGGCACCGAAAAGAACAUUAAAAACUUGUUCGAAUUGGCUCGUAAAAAGGUGACGCCUGAUCGUUCGGUCCUAAUCUUUUUCGAUGAGGCCGAAGCGAUCCUUUCGACACGAAAAGACAGUCCUAUCAAUACCAAUCCAGUGACACAAUUUAUGAUUGAAAUGGAAAAAGAUACAAACAAAGGCGUUUACUUUUUCUUUACUACCAAUUUAUUGAGUAAAAUAGAGCCAGCGAUAAAGAGACGUUGUUACGGACUAUUUAUUGGCUAUCCGAAAACUAAAGAAGCCAUUGCAUCAUUAUAUCGUAACAAUUUGGCCAAUUUUAAGAAUACUGUUAGCAACGGAACCAUAGAAACUUUAGCAGCGGCCAAUGAUAAACUUCUCUCACCUAGCGCCAUUGCGAGCAUAGUCAAAUUGGCUUCCACUUUGGCCAAUAAGAUUACUACAAAUGAUAAGUUUCGUAGAGUAAGAGAUCACUUGUACAUUAAAGAUUCUGAUGGUGCCUAUACGUUUGCAGAUGUUUCUAAGCAAGAAGGGAAACCUAUCACAAAACACAUUUUAGAAAUUGUACCCAUCAAUGAUAAUCAUCUGAUAAAUGCGUGGCGUGUUACACCAUCUGCCAUUACGCCUGAUGAACUAGAACUUUAUAAAGAUGAGGCCAAAGAGCUAUUGCAACUGUAA